CGACUUAUGUAAAAGCCCCGUGCGACGGGUGUAGACCGCGGGUGCGCAAAGACGGUAUAAAGAUCGCAGUGCCCCCGCGACUAUCCAAGAGUCUCUCGCGGACCUCACUCCUGCUUGGGCCUCAGUCUGCCUGUCGAUUCUCGUUCGGCGCGGCCGCUUUUUUUGCACGGUUUCGCGUUGGCUCUGCUGCUCGGCAAGUGUGGCGUGUUUGUGCUCACCCGGCGAACGCCCGUGUACUCGUUUUAUCCGUCAGCUGACGAAACGCACCUUUGGGUCCCAAUCGCCACCCAAUCGCCAGUGAUCCUGCACCUGAAGCUUUCGCCAUGCGUAUCCUGCUGCUGAGUUGCCUGCUGGCGACAGCCUAUUGCCAGGACGAGCUGUACUUCAGGCAGCCGGAGAAGAUCGUGAAGGCCCAGAACGAGGUGGGCGACAGGCUGGGCAACUACGCGUUCGCGUACGAGACCGAGGGCGGCAUCCUGCAGCGCGAGACUGGCCAGCGCAAGUACGAGGGCACCGAGGACGAGACCCAGCUGAUCCAGGGCUCGGUGCAGUACAACGCGCCCGACGGCACCCCCGUGGCCAUCAGCUGGACCGCCGAUGAGUUUGGGGCGCGCGUUUCCGGCACCCACUUGCCCACUCCGCCGCCCAUUCCCCCGGAGAUCCAGAGAGCCCUUGACUGGCUCGCCAAGCAGCCCACCACCGAGGAGCCCGACUACGAUGCGCCCACCAGCUUCAAACCCCUCCAGCCCAAGCCCAUCCUCAUCAAGAAGCAGCAGUUCAACAAGCCUCUCCCACUCAAGAGACAACAGUCUUUCUAGUUUCUUUGUCUUGCUCCGAUCUUCCUCCAUUUGCAGCUCCUGCAAGUUCCUUCUCUGUAUAGAUUCCGGGGGCUCACUUGCACCUCCCGACUCUCCUACUCCCGCUGAUGCUGAUGGCUUUUCUGUUAUGUAUUUUUUUCACACUCCUGGAUGUCAAUCAGUUGCAGAUUAUCUCGCACUUGUACUCAUCAUUUUAUACCUAUUUCAGACACGUAGUUGCUUGUCAAAUAUUUGCACUUGCCAAUACAAGGACACUCGUGUAUUUUUUCUUUAUCGGAAACAAACAAAAAAACAAUUUCACAUGCGACACCGCCAUCAAUAAUCUUUAGGUUAGUUCAACAAAUAUAUUAUUGUUUUAUAAUUCCCUCAUUAAGAGGAUUGUUAUAUUAAAAUGUGCUAUAGUUGCAAUAAAAUUUACUA